AAAUCAAUUUAAUUUAACAAAAUAAAAAUAAGAAGAUAAGAAAAAUUUCGCACAAACCGAAGUGUAGUACAUUACGAAUUUUCGUGCCAUAAAUAAAAAAUUAAAGUUCAAUUCUACUACAAAAAAAAGAGACUCAAAGGUCAAUAACAACAUAUCCACUGCUGCCACCAAUAACUAACUGUACUGAUCGAAAGAGCUACUGCAAGAAAUAAAUAACGUGAAAUAACUUUAUUAACUGUCACCACCGAAAAAGGUACGAGACACAGACUUAAUUUUGAAAGUUAGAAAACUUUAUGACAAUAUUGAUAAAAAAUAUUCAUAUAAAAACAGCACAUAAAAAAUAAAUAAUCCGAUAGUCGAGUCGAGUCGCAGCGAAUAUUUAAUAAUUGCAAAACAAGUAAAACAAAACCAAUAUAAACAAAAAUAUAAUCGUAUCCAAUAUCCACAAGAAGUAGCUCUAAUAAAAUACGAAUAGCAAUGCCACGUUCUACGACAAGUAACGCCACAAAUGCAACGAAUGCAACUAGCAGAAUAAAUAAACUUUUGCCAGGAAAAUCGCUCAAAUAUGAAAAACUCACAAAUCAGAAACGCUCGACCGCUGCCAGAGAAAUAAAUGAAAACUAUGAAUACGCACGAUUGCUGGAGCAGGAACAAGAGCAUCAGCAAUGGCCAAUUUCAACGACGGAAAUGCAAAAAUCGGCAGCUUCAAUAGCAAUGCGAAAUUCAACCACAUUACCAACAGGAAUAACGCCAUCAACAACGACAACAAGAACAGCGAUAGCAGCAGCAGCAACACCAACAACGGCAGUAUCAGCAGCAUCAGCAGCGGGACCAAGCAAUGGUGAGGAAAUGCCUUUACGCUUCAACUAUGCCACGUUAAAAACAGCGGAAGAAGGUGGCAAUAUUAGUUGGCGCACCAGUAGCACCAGUAGUAGCUCUCUAAGUGGCUAUAAGCAACAACACCAGGAAAACUAUUCACAUUUGCAUCCUUAUGGCAACUCGAGCAAUGGCAAAUAUUUUGGCAAUGGCGCCUCUUGUAACGGUUUACAUUCGGCGACCAUAUCCUCAUCUAUAUCUGUGUCCUCGCCUAUUACAACAGCUUCCGCCACUACACAUUUAUUGCCUAUAACGACACUGGCAACAACAACAUCUACAAAUUCAUCAGAUUUCGCAAUUGCACCAAAAAACAAAUUAUUGAAAUCAGCACAUCCGUCCACAAAUUCUACCACUCCCGCCUCUUUAUAUACAUCAUCAGCAUCAGCAUCAUCAUCAGCAUUAUCAACAACGCCAAAUUGUGCUGCUGCCUGCAAUUGCUGCAGUAAUUUAAUUGCGCGCUGCUGUUUUGGCAUACCACUUUUCAAGGCGAUUAAUGUUCGUCGCUGUGUGUUGGCACUGCUUGCAAUAACAGUUGUAACAAUUUUUUAUUACACGCAUUACGUGGACACUGGCGUUUUUGUGGGACUUAUACAACGUGAUACACGUCCUUCGCCCAUCAUCAAUUGUCGCAUGGUCAAUGGGAAACAUGCUCGCGGAGCAUCACCAGCACCUGACCAUCGUUCGGAAGCACGUUUACGCAUUGAUCCAAAAGUUUUAGUCUUCGUUGAGACCACGUAUUCUGGAUUGGGACGUGAUAUUGCGGAAUUGCUUGUGUAUAAUCGAAUAAAGUACAAAGUUGAGGUAGCUGGUAAAAGUCUUCCAGUAUUGACAAAUUUGGAUAAAGGUCGUUAUGGCGUUAUAGUAUUUGAGAAUUUGGAUAAAUAUCUGCAUAUGGAUAAAUGGAAUCGGGAAUUAUUAGAUAAAUAUUGUCGUGAGUACUCGGUUGGCAUUGUAGGGUUUGUAACACCUAGUGAAGAAACAUUAGUCGCUGCACAAUUACGUGGAUUUCCAUUAUUUGUACAUACCAAUUUAAGACUGCGUGAUGCUAGUUUAAAUCCAAAUUCACCGGUGUUACGUUUAACACGCGCUGGAGAAACUGCUUGGGGUGUCUUACCAGGUGAUGACUGGGCGAUAUUUCAACAUAAUCAUACAACAUAUGAACCAAUUGAGUGGGCACAACGUAAUAUACAAGAUUAUCCUGCUGACAGUGGUGGUCAAGUGCAAAUGCCGCUUACUACAGUACUGCAGGACCAUGGACAAUUCGAUGGCAUACAAAGAGUGUUAUUCGGUAGCAGUUUACGAUUUUGGUUACAUCGCUUACUGUUUUUAGAUGCUUUAUCAUAUCUAAGUCAUGGUCAACUUAGUCUCAAUUUAGAACGCAUGAUACUGGUCGAUAUAGAUGAUAUAUUUGUUGGUGAAAAAGGUACAAGACUGCGUGUAGAUGAUGUGCGCGCUUUGGUAGCUACACAAAAAAUAAUUGCCACUAUGGUGCCAGGUUUUCGUUUUAAUUUGGGCUUUUCUGGCAAAUAUUAUCAUCAUGGCUCGAAAGAAGAAAAUUUAGGUGAUGAUUUUCUACUACAAAACGUAGAAGAAUUCAAUUGGUUCUCACAUAUGUGGAAGCAUCAGCAACCCCACCUAUAUGAUAACUUAACACUACUUAUGUCUGAAAUGCAUUUAAAUUAUGCUUUCGCUAAAGAACAUAACAUACCAACAGAUUCUGGCUAUUCGAUAUCGCCCCAUCAUUCUGGUGUUUACCCAGCACAUGAAAUACUUUAUGUUGCGUGGAAAAAAGUGUGGAAUGUCAAAGUAACUUCUACAGAAGAAUAUCCUCAUUUGCGACCUGCAAGACUGAGACGCGGUUUUAUACACCGUAAUAUAAUGGUGCUACCACGACAAACUUGUGGUUUAUUUACGCACACUAUGUACAUUGAUCGUUAUCCUGGUGGACGUGAUAAACUAGAUGAAUCAAUACAGGGUGGUGAACUCUUCCAAACAAUUGUGUAUAAUCCCAUAAAUAUAUUCAUGACGCACAUGUCUAAUUACGGCUCCGAUCGUUUAGCUUUAUAUACAUUUCAAUCGGUUAUUAAGUUCCUGCAAUGUUGGACGAAUUUAAAACUAGCAUCUGCGCCACCAAUACAGCUAGCAGAGACAUAUUUUCGUUUACAUCCAGAAGAAGUUGAUCCUGUUUGGGGAAAUCCAUGCGAUGAUAUACGACACAAAAAAAUAUGGUCGAAAACAAAAAGUUGCGAUUCAUUGCCGAAAUUUUUGGUAAUCGGCCCGCAAAAGACUGGCACAACUGCACUUUACACAUUCCUGUCUAUGCACUCUAGCAUCGCUAGUAAUGUACCUAGUCCUGACACGUUUGAAGAGAUACAAUUCUUUAAUGGUAAUAACUACUAUCGUGGCUUAGAUUGGUAUAUGGACUUUUUCCCCAUAGAAUCAAAUACAACUACGCGAUACAUGUUCGAGAAAAGUGCCACUUAUUUUGAUGGUGAAAUGGUGCCCAAACGUGCACAUGCACUAUUGCCGCACGUUAAAAUAGUAACGAUAUUAAUUUCUCCUGCAAAACGUGCUUACUCAUGGUAUCAGCACCAGCGCGCACAUGGUGACAUUAUAGCGAAUAAUUACAGCUUUUAUCAGAUUAUCACAGCAACGGAUUCAGCACCGAAAGCUCUAAAGGAUUUGCGUAAUCGUUGCCUUAAUCCCGGUAAAUAUGCACAACACCUGGAACAUUGGCUUGCUUAUUAUCCCGCCCAGCAGUUGCACAUUAUUGAUGGUGAACAAUUACGCUCAAAUCCAGUGGAUGUGAUGAAUGAUUUGCAACGUUUCCUAAAAAUUCAACCGGCAUUCGAUUAUUCGAACCAUUUGCGUUUCGAUAUUAAAAAGGGUUUUUACUGCCAAAUUGUGAAUGAGAAACGUAAUAAGUGCCUAGGCAAAUCCAAAGGACGUCAAUAUCCACCAAUGGAUGAACGUAGUGCAAAAUUAUUACAACGAUACUAUCUUAGUCACAAUACAGCGUUAGUAAAAUUGCUGAAGAAACUUGGUUCUCGUCCCAUACCCCAAUGGCUUAAAGAUGAUUUAUCGACGGGUACGUGAUAGCUGGUGAAGCAUCGAAGACUGCGUGCAAAACUACGUAAGCACUUGCAAUUGGUCUUCGCCAGUUUGGAGCAUACAAAUGAGCUUCAAAAUUCUAAUGAACCGAAAAAUAAGCAAUAUCGACAUCACAAACAUAACAGUUGGACGCACAUGUAGCAGGAAUUAUAAAUAAAAAAAAUACUAAUUUAUAAUUAAGAGAGCAAAUUAAUAUUUUAAUAAAACAAAAAUAAC